CUUAAUUGAACUGGACACAUCUCCUCCGCAAUCUAUUAAUUGACCGCGAACAGCCUGGUUCUCACGUCGGUUUCCAAUCAACACACACUACCCUUCUAGCCUUCCAGCAAGAUCCUGCUAAUAGCCAAAGAAGAAAGAUGGCCAUCUCUUUAGGUGACCUGAGCAACGAGACAAUCAUGCGAAACCAAGAUAGCUCUGAAGUCCGUUACGGGCGCUUUAGAAUCUCUGAAUAUAUUGUGCCUGCAGACAUGAUGCAGCGGCCGGAGCGGCUCGACUACUCCCGCAUACCGGCUCGACGUCCGUAUACUGCGGCCGCUGAACCGAUCGCCCCCGGCACCUGGCUCAUCACGAUCAAGUGGGAUUGCAGCCUCCUCAACCUCAAGGCAGGGGAGUCCAUUAGGGUGCAGGAUGACCUUUGCACGUUGGCCCUGGCCCGCGCUUUCAAAGAGCUGCGGGUCCGGUUCCCGACCUGCAAGCACGUCUAUGGCUGCGUCGACCUCUACGAGAUGGUGGACGUGUACAGCAGUGAGCAGCAGCAGCAGCAGCCCUCUUCAGAGGACGAUGCGCCUUCUCCUUCACCACAGGAUGGGGCCAUGACUUUGAAGUCGUGGGUCGUUGACCCGAGUCAGAUACCUGUCGACGUCGACGAGGAUGAGGAUGACACAACUGAGGACGGGUACAAGUAUCUUGAAGCGUGGCUGUCUGUGGUCCCGCGGAAUGACUAUGAUGCGAAGGAGCUUGAGUGGUGCUCGAGCCAUGAACCCAGGGAGGAUGAAGCUACAAGAAUGGGAAGGCCGCUUGUUAGCUCGGUAUCCCAAGGGGAUGGGCCAGACGGUUAUUCACCCUUGUUGGUCUUGGGGUCGUGUAGACUGUGUGGUAAGGAUCAUGAGCCCUAUCCUGGCGAUGUUUCUCAGGCAGCUCAGGCUGCGGCUGACGACUAA